AUGGUUCAAGAGGUGAUUCGAGGGGCUGAUUCGCAGUGUGGAUUAGAAGUUGUUGCAAAGGUUCAAGAGGAGAUUCGAGGGGCUGAUUCGCAGCGUGGGUUGGCUGUUGUUGCAAAGGUUCAAGAGGAGAUUCGAGGGGUUGACUUACAGAGUAGAUUGGGGGUUGUUGAGAAGGGUCAGGAGAUUCAGAUUGAAUUGAAGAGUUCAAGUGGGGCGUCAUUGGUCGAGGUUGCGCAAACGAAGAAGGUUUUGAAGAGAUACGAGGUGGAGGUUUCGAGUCUGGAUGGUAUUCAAACGGUGGAGAUCCCGGAUGAAAUUCUCAAUAACUCUACUCCAUUAUGGGAUGAUUUUGUGGUUGGAAAGUUCCUGGAUCUGGAUCCUCAUGUAGCUAAGGUCCACAUGGUUCUGAAUAAGAUAUGGAAGUAUGGUUACACUGCAGAAAAGAUUGAGGUCUAUGAAGUCAAUGCUACAACGAUGAGGUUCAAGGUCUCGACUCAGAAGGCUAGAGAAAAGAUCAUUUGUCGGGGUAUGUGGAAUAUAGCUGCAGUUCCAAUGAUUGUUUCAAAGUGGACUCCGAGGUCUGAGGAGGAAGAAGAGGAAUCAAUUCCGAUGUGGGUGCACGUGGAGAAGGUUCUACCUAAACAUAUCACAUUCACAAAGAAGGGGAAGAAGCGUAAGGAAGCUGCUGAUUUACCUCAAAAAACUAAAGUAAGUGCUGAGAAGGUUACUAGCCCUCAGGCUGAAGGGAAGUUAUCGGUUAAUGUAGAAGAAGAGACUGUGAACAGAGUGCAGAUGGUGGAUAAGGGAGAUGAUUCUAUUAAGGAGGAGUCAAAGACUAAGGAGGCUACAGCUGGUAAUCAGGAGGUCAAUGUGUGGUCUCUAGUUUUUCCAGCAAAAACAGGUCGAUUAUUUUUCUCCACACAGAAAGAUAAUGAGAUACAAAUAUCCGUGUCUAAGUUCUCAGAUCUGAGUGUAGAAGAAGAGGAGGAAGGGGAAAUAGUUGCUGAAUUUCGAAAUGGUCUCGAGGUUGUAGUAAGUGAGGUAAAUGAGGAGAUAGAGAUAUUUGAGGGUGAACUGCUCGAAGAUGAAAACUUGGAGCAACAAAUAAGAGAGGAAAUUAAAGCGGGGAAGAGAAGAGGUCGGAAGGCUAAGGCUCCAAAUGAAAAUCCAGUGGUACAAGAGUGGGUUAGAGGAAACAAUAUGAGUUUUGGAUGUAUCUUGGAGACAAAGGUAAAGGAGAGUAAAGCGGAAGGUACUCUAAAUAAGGUGUUUAGUCAGUGGUCUCAUAUGACUAACUACGAGCAUAGUAAAGGAGGAAGAAUAUGGUUGGUUUGGUGUGAUGGGGAGGAAUUUUUCUUCACUUGUGUCUACGCUAAUAAUACGGCUGAAGGUAGGAACGGGUUGUGGGAAGAUCUCUGUCACCACCAAGACUCUACUUUGUUUCGUAAUAUGGCUUGGUUCUUAGUUGGUGAUUUUAAUGAGAUCUUGGAUGCGGAGAGAGUUUGGGAUAUGGGUUAUCAAGGACCAUUGUUCACUUGGUGUAAUAAAAGAGAUGAAGGGGUAAUUUGUAAGAAGUUGGAUCCAGUACUUAUGAAUGAAGAAGCGUUGGAAAGAUUCACAAAUGCUUAUUCAGUUUUUGAAGCGGGAGGUUGCUCGGAGCAUAUGAGAUGCAAGAUUCAGAUUUUUCCUGUCACUGAGAGAAUAAGAAGACCAUUUAAGUAUGCUAAUGCGAUUGGGAAAUUGGAAUCUUUUCUCCCAAGAGUCAAGGAGUUUUGGGAUUCUACGCAAAGGCUCUAUCAUUCCACCUAUGCUAUGUUUAGAUAUUCAAAGAAGUUGAAGUGCUUAAAGCCUCUUAUCAGGGAGAUUGGUAAAGAGAAACUUGGAAACUUAACGAAAAGAGCUAAGGAAGCUCAUGGGGACUUGUGUGAGAAGCAGCAACAAACUUUGGCAAAUCCUAGUUCUAGCAAUAUUCAAGAGGAGUUUUGA